AUGGAUACAGAUUUCUACGUGAGCUCCAGAAAGUUACCAGCAUAUGAUAAAUAUAAUGAAGAAAUAAAUAAUUUUCAAAAAGAGGAAAUAUCACAAUUCUCUCUUACAGAUAAUACCAAGAGUCUAGGAAAAUGGAGAUGGACUAAAAGGUUUAAGUGGAGAAUCAAUGAUGACCAUACGCCUCCAGAAAUAUACAAUAAGACAUUGUGCUUCUCAGUACUAGUUUUUGGGGUUUUGGGAGCUGCCAGAGGUUAUGAUGAGGGAAACAUUUCAGGAUCCUCUUCCCAUAGUUCUUUCAGAGAAACGUUUGGGUUCAAUGACCCAAAGAAAUCUGAAACUGAUGUUAGUAAUCUCAAAUCGAAUAUUACUGCUAUGGUACAAUUAGGAUCUAUCGGUGGUUGUAUCUUAGCAAUGUUUCUUGUGGAUAAGUUAGGUAGGGUCAGGUCUCUAACAUUCGUUUGCAUUAUAUGGAUUUGCGCAGCGAUCAUACAAAUAACUUCUACUAAUAUAGGCCAAUUAUACGCUGGUAGAUUAAUUGAGGGGUUUGCAAUUGGACAAACAACUACUAUAGGGCCUACAUAUAUGGCUGAAGUUUCACCAAAAGCAAUUAGAGGUCUUUGUGGUUGUAUUUUUUCAGGAGCCCUUUACUUAGGUAUAAUGUUGGGAUAUUUUGCUAAUUACGGCUCUGCUCUACAUAUUUCUGAUGAAUCAAAUAACCAGUGGAUAAUUCCUACUUCAAUGAAAAUACCGAUAGCUGGAUUACUUUUAAUAGGGUCAUUAUUUUGUCAUGAAAGUCCAAGAUGGUUACUUAAAGUCAACAAUCCUGACAAAGCUAUACAAGCAUUAUCCAAUAUAAGGAAUUUGCCAAUAGAUCAUCCUUAUAUUUUGAGUGAAAUUUCAGAUAUUAAUGACAAAUAUCAAAAGAAAAAGAAGAAAACUCGGGUAGUAGCUACCUUGAAAUUUGCAAAACUCUUAUUUUUGUAA